AUGAUGUCCAAGCUCGACAAGUUACUUAUGGAGAGGAAGACAAUCAACAAGCAAGAGUUACCUGAUAACGAUAAACUAGAAUAUAUCGAUACAAAGAUUGAACUUAUCAGGAACCAACUGGAUGAUGGCGAUGUCAAGAGAAUGCUGGACGAGGCUGUUAGUGAACAACGAUUGGAACGCGAGUUGGAGAGGGCAGAGAGAGAGAAGCAAAAGACUGUUGAGAACAUGAAAGCACUAGAGGUUAUGGCAGCGGCAGCGGCGCCGAAACAGAAACAACCCAAGCCUUCACUACUCAAGAAGCCAUUUCCCAGCACGUUACCCAAGCCUGUUCCACCAGCGGGACCAUCGCCGGUGUUAGCUCCCGAAGUAACACUUAUUGAUGUUCCAAAGCAUCCAGUAUCAAGGCAAUCAAGGACGUACCCAAGGAGC